UAUGGCUGAAGUGUCCGUCGACCCGCGCGCACCGCACGGCACCGGAUUCGGUCCUCAUGUCCGGGAGUCGACACAGGAAUAAGGGAUUCACCAGACGCGUUCACCAUUCCAAAGUUUUACCGCCAUCUGCAAUUUACUUCAUGUGAGGGGAAAGGGUAUCUACUGAGAAAUGAACGAGAGCGGGGCGGUCAACGAGAGCAGUACAGGCUUGCCUUCGCCCACCUGGCUCGAAACCGGAGCUUUGGAAGGCAACGUGAGCAUCGCGCUGUCCGCCACGGCACAGGCGUUUCACGUCAACCCCUGGGACAUUAUGUUGUGCCUCUCCGGCACCGUCAUCGCCUGCGAGAACGCCAUCGUGGUGGCCAUCAUCUUCUACACGCCCACCUUGAGGAACCCCAUGUUCGUUCUCAUCGGCAGCCUGGCGACGGCAGACCUCCUCGCUGGGAUUGGAUUAAUUCUCAACUUCGUGUUUCGGUACGUGAUUUCCUCGGAGACCAUCAGCCUGGUCACGGUGGGCUUCCUGGUGGCGUCCUUCACGGCCUCCAUCAGCAGCCUCCUGGCCAUCACCAUCGACCGCUACCUGUCUCUCUACAACGCACUGACGUACUUCUCGGAAAAGACACUCCAGUACGUGCACCUGAUGCUGGUGGGCAGCUGGGGCGUGUCUCUGUGUCUGGGGCUGCUGCCCGUGUUGGGCUGGAACUGUCUGGACGAUGCGUCCACCUGCAGCAUCGUGCGGCCCCUCACGAGAACCAACCUCACGCUGCUGGCCGCCUCUUUCUUCAUCAUCUUUCUUCUCAUGCUCAGCCUGUACUUCAAGAUCUGCAAGAUUGUGUGCCGCCAUGCGCAUCAGAUCGCCCUCCAGCAGCACUUCUUCACCACCUCGCACUAUGUGGCCACCAAGAAAGGCGUCUCCACGCUGGCCAUCAUCCUGGGCACCUUCGGGGCGAGCUGGCUGCCCUUCGCCAUUUACUGUUUGGUAGGAGAGCGGGAGUACCCUGCGGUGUACACGUACGCCACGCUGCUGCCUGCCACCUACAACUCCAUGAUCAACCCCAUCAUCUACGCCUACAGGAACGCUGACAUCCAGCGCUCCAUCUGUCUGCUCUUCUGCGGCUGUUUUCAGACGGCCGGCUCGCAUCGCUCCAGAUCGCCCAGUGAGGUGUAGCUCCGCGGCCGUCUCCCGUGAUGACGACACACAAUGACUGUAGCGCGAUUGCACUUUAAGAAGGACGCCGGAGCGGUGCGUCUCCAAGCGCUGUGAACAAGACUAAGCACACACAUCAUGAAUGUUUGUUUAGAACUGACUAAACUGACUAUGUUGCACUUUACAUACCAAAGCAGUAUUGCGUAGGUCUACAUGUCUUG